AUGGGGCGCGAGGCAGUCCCCCACACGACGCCUGCGGCCGCGGAGGCGCCCUGCGCGGGCGGCGCCCGGCCCCCUUCGUCUGCGCCCGCGUCUCCUGCCUCGCCGCGCCCGCCUGCGACUUUCGCGGCUUUGCUGGCUCCAGAGGUUGCGACCUCUUCGCCGACGCAUGGGCAGUCUCACGGCGACGGCCCCGUGCCUGGCAAGCGCGGCGUGGGAGCGGGAGGCGACUCGCCGGCAUCGCGGAAGCGCCAUCGGCACGGUGACGACGUGCGCGAGAAUCCCGUGGAGGCCGGAGGAAACCGCGAGGGAUUCGCGCCCGAAGAGACACGCGAGAAGCCCGCCGCAGGCGAGGCACCGCCAGACCCUAAACCCUCACCAGAGGAGGGUGGCGACGACGCACAGAGCGCCGACCGCGCGGCGAAUGGCGAUAAGAAGGUGACCUUUUUCAACGCCGGCUCGCUCGGCGCCUUGCGACAGAUUCAGGAAGAGCGCGACGAGGAAGACGAGGAGCCGCAGGAAGACCCCGCUUUAGUCGCGGAGGAAUUCAACAACUGGAAGGUCAACACGAAGGUACUCUACGACCUCGUCAUGAACACCACGCUUGAAUGGCCUUCGCUCACCGUCCAGUGGCUGCCUGGACUCGCCAGCGGAAUGGUUGGCGACUCCUCCACCGUCCGCCAGAAACUGCUUCUGGGCACGCACACCAGUGGAGACGAAGGCAACUCGCUCCUCGUCGUCGAGGUGUCGCUUCCAUCGGCCCUCAUCGAGGACGAGGCGUCUCGGACUUACGUAGAGCGACCUUCAGACUACGACGGCUUCAGCUUUGGCAGGACGCCCUGCAAGUUCAAAACGGUCAAGAGCUUCGCGCACGAGGGAGAAGUCAACUGCGCGCGGUGCAUGCCGCAGAACCCCGACAUCGUGGCCACAAUGGGUCCUGACGGCUUCGUCAACAUAUACGACAUCACCAUGGCCUCCGCCUUCUCAGCCGGCUCGCUUCUGAAGCUCGCCGCCCACACCGCUGACGGAUUCGGUUUGGCCUGGAAUCUCUCGCGCGAGGGACUUCUGGCGUCCACGUCGAACGCCGGCUCCAUUUGCCUCCAUGACAUUACUGCAGCGUCCCUCGCCGCCGCCAGAGACGCAGGCGAGUUGGCCCCGGCCGCAGGAUCGCCUCUCCGCACCUUCCAGUGUACGGACACCGCAGUGAACGACUGCUGCUGGGUCGCCGGCGAGGCAGACCUCCUCGCAACGUGCGCAGACGACGGCGUUGUCAGCCUAUGGGACUCGCGCGAGCGGAGCUCGACUUUCCCCGCCGUUCUGCUGAAGGCCUCGGAAAAGGAUCUCGUGACGUGCAUUUGCGCAGACGAGAACCAGCCCUUCACGCUGGUGUGCGGCGACAACCACGGGAAUCUGCGGGUUCUCGACAGGCGGCGCGGCGACCGACCGGUUCAUGUGAUCGAUGCGGCGCACCAGGGCGAAGUGACACGCGUGGCCUUUUCGCCGGUGCAGUCGGGGCUUCUCGCAUCGGCCAGCCGCGACCGCUUCGUCUCUCUGUGGGACUUGAAGCGCGUUGGCGAGGAGCAGUCUGAAGAGGACGCGGAGGACGGGCCGCCGGAACUCCUGUUUUCUCACGGUGGGCACCUGGCCGCAGUCAGCGACGUCGCGUGGAACCGAGAAGGGCAUGACGCACUCGACAAGGUCGUCGCGUCCGUCGGCGAAGACAACCGACUCCAAAUUUGGCAGCUGAAGCACUCUGUCUUCUUCUGCGACGAUGAGGAGAACGAAGAGAACGAUGACGACGACGUCGAGUGA